GGACACGUCAGGUCUGUAUCUCCGUUAGCUCCCUGCAGCAGCGUUUUCAAAAUCAUUAAGAAAAAUGGCGACUUCUGUUAUUUCGGUCAUUUCUAAAUUUAUAGAGGAGUACUGUAGUAGCACCUCCACUAAAUUAAAGGUGGUGGACGCGUAUCUGCUGUACAUACUGCUGACCGGAGUGUUUCAGUUUCUGUACUGUUUGCUGGUCGGUACGUUUCCCUUCAACAGCUUUCUGUCAGGAUUCAUCUCCUGUGUGGGAUCCUUCAUUCUAGCAGUUUGCCUGCGAAUCCAGAUCAACCCUCAGAACAAAUCUGAGUUCCUGUCCAUCUCACCAGAAAGAGCAUUUGCAGACUUUCUUUUCGCCCACACUGUGCUCCAUCUCGUCGUCAUCAACUUUGUCGGUUGAGGGGGUGCGUUUGUUUAUGUGGAUUAUGUGACUGACUGAAGAAGCCACCAAACCCAUAAUCUCAGAAUCUUACGUUUUCCUGGCUAACAACAAUGAAGAAAAAAAAGAAAGAAUUUAGUUCGCUUUUAUGUUUCAGUAACACAGUUUUUUCUGCACCUGUUUUUUAAUCACUGAUGUGAAAGUUGAAGUUAUGUUCUUUAUUGAGUGUCAUAGCAGCGUCCACAUCAUUGUCAAUUUGUUGGAAUUUGUACUCUUGAUAAAUAAAUAAAUAUUAAACAGAA